ACAGAGUCUGGAUCUUCACUGACGGAUCUGGAGUGAGGCCGUAAAAAUGUGUGUGUGUGUGUGUGUGUGUGUGUGUGUGUGUGUGUGUGUGUGUGUGUGUGUGUGUGUGUGUUUAAGGUGUGUCUGAUAACAGCUUCACAGAAACUUUAAAACAAGCGGAGAAAAGCGAACAAACACACACUGAAACACACACACACACUCUACAGCGUGCAGCGCGUGUGUGUGUUUUGUGUGCUCAGUGUGCAGUGGGAGGGCUCUGGGUCUGCAGGAAGCUCUGUAAAUUCUCGGUCAGUCUCUCUCUCUCUCACCUCUCCCUCUCUCUCUGUCGGUGUGUGUGUUUCCGCCGUGUGUGUGUCUCUCGGUGAUUUUUGGAUCAAACCUGCACAGAUGGCGACUAAGGUAAGUGGAGCGGCGGUGUGAUCGAUCAUUAAUCAAUUUGAGAUAAGGUCAGGGUUAAAGUUCGAGUCUGUAGGUCUGACAGUUCUUAGACGAACUCGGACCGGGUCUCUAACAGCUGGUCUGAAGGUUUUUGGAUCUCUCUGUGCGGGUCUCUGUGAGCCGAGGGUCUGAAGGUGUGUCUGCAGGGAGACAGACUCACUCGCUCACUCACUCCCUCACUCUCUCACUAAUUCUCUCUUUCCUGUCUAAAGCCGAAAACUUCCAGGAUCCAUAAUGAGCUCGUUGUUUCGUAUUUGCUCCGUAGAACCGCGUUGGGUAUCUUAUACAGGAUCAGCGUAUUUGGAGCGUAGCAGCAGCAGCGUAGUAGAGGAAACAACAUGCUCACAACAGGUUGUUUUUCCUUUCUGUGGUCGAUUUCCUGAUAAUUUUGAUUUAUUUCAGUGACUAUUGAGCCUCUACAAUAUGUGAAAAAGCUUGAAGUGAUUUUCCAGUUUGUGUUUUUGCAGGUUUCCUGGUGUUUAAUAAAGUAAACUAUGUUCCUUUAUGCUGUGCUGUUACAUUCAGACAGAGUUAGCAGUUUUCAUAAACAUCUUUAUUCUGGUUUUAAAAAAAAAACAGGAAAAAAAUCACAAUUAAAACUUUAAAUCAAACAAGAAGUGGACAAUGAUAUUAAAGUAUAGCUAUAAAGAUUUAGAGGUGAAAGAAGCAGGGGUGUGGUCAGCAGGGGCGUGGUCAGAGUUUUAGUCUGGAUCGUUGUAAAUUUCCUUCCGUUUUUGUGAUUUGAUAUCACCAGAGCCGGCCCAAGCCUCAGUGGGGCCCUCAGCAAAAUGUGAUUUUGGGGCCCUCUAUUUCUGCCAAUAAUAUUGAUUGUUAAUCAUUCACACACCUUCACAAAUCUCUGUGAUUAACAUUCCCUGACAUGCAAACAGACCUUUAUCUUGGUGUUUUUUUCUCUUCUUUCUUUUUCUUUUCUCUGCUCCUAAAGGAUACGUCCUUUUUUGCUCUUUCAAUGCUCAGUUCACAUAUCACAGCAGGAGGAACAUAACGGUGGGUGGAGCUUUGACAUAUCGGCAGUAAGAAUCAUAGGCCUACAUCAGCAGUAGCACUUAAAAAAAUAUAUUUUUACAAUAAUAUAUAUUUGAUCAGAUAGAAAACAUCACUCAGACAUGCAAAAAAUAAAAAUUGUAUUAAAACCUUUGCUUUUCGGGGCCCCAUACUGGCCGCGGGGCCCUAAGCAGGCACUAAAUGCCUUGGGCCGACUCUGAAUAUCAUCUUAGUCUUUUUUCUGCUCUCAGACCAGGACCUCCUAAAUCCGCUGUCUUUAAAGCAGCAGUCAGUGACUCUGUGGUUCCUGCUCUCCUGUUCUCAGAUUGACCACUUAUGCUGCGUUCACACUGCAGGUUAUGAUGCAGAAUUCAGUUUUUUGUUAAAUCCGAUCUUUUUGUGUGGUCGUUCACAUUACAACAACAAAUGUAGCAUCUGAUGUGAACAGAAUGCAACCGUGAAGUGACCAAAGCACAAAGCACAAAUUGCUUUCCGCGCCUGUUUGUGUUGUCGAACAAUGGUGACAUUUGUUGCAUAUUGAUGAUGUAUAGGUCGGAUGAACGCGACCUGAGCGUCCACACUACAGUCACAUCGGAUGCAUAUCCGAUUUAUAUCCACAUACAAAAGAGGCCUGGGUCGGAUUUGAAAAAAUCAGAAUUGCACUGUUCACACUUAAAUGAGAAAAUCAGACAUGUGUCACAUAUGGUUAAAAAAUUACGAAUAUCUUGUCUUAUAUUCUGACAAGGUUCAUGUUAAAAUAACGUAGAUGUCGCCAUCUUGUUUUCACCUCCAAAUUGCUUUUUUACGACUUGGUAACUGAAACGCUGAAAACUCGUGUGUGACAUCAUGUUCAGCUCAGACUCUGAGGGAACUUGAACGCAGCAUCAGUCCUGGACCGGGAACAUGGAUGGUGGUCCUGCAGGGUUUGUUAGUCCAGCUCCAGCAGCUAACUCAGAGGAUCCUGAUCCUGAUCUGGAUUUUUGGGUCCAGAGGUUUGUAAAACUGCUGACCUCUGACCCUGGUUUCUGAUCUGAUCUUUGGUUCUAAAUUAGGGGUCAGAGGUCAGAGUCUAGCUUGGCGGCGGGUUCUAGUUACUCAUGAAAGGGGCAAAGCUAACCGACGUCCAAAACACUGAAAAAAACCUGAACUGUCCCUUUAAUGAAGAACCACUCCAAAAACCGCAGAGACCACCCAUCUGAACUGGUCUCUGAACUAGUCCUGUUGUCUCUGGUUCUGGUCCUGUUGUCACUGGUUCUGGUCCUGUUGUCUCAGGGUCUGUUUUUGGGAUCAGCAGAUCUCUCUGCCGAGUGUUGGCUCUGGUCUCUGCAGCCACCGCCCUCUUUCACAACAGACCUGGGUCCUCAGAGACUGGUUCUGAUGUCAUUCAGCUGUUAAACGGUUCAGCCUGAGGUCCAGGAGAAAACAAACAGCUGUUUGGGACCCCUCAGGCUCCAGGGGCCUCCAUAAUCUGUCCAAGUUUCAGAGACACGCCCUGGGGGGGGGGGGGGGGGGUAGCCAGUUCAGAGUCCAGGACUGCAGAAUCAGUAUAGGGGUCCAGGAGAACAGUCUCUGUGAGAUCGGGCUGCACGAUACUGUAAUGGCUUCUGUCUGUCUUAGAGAUAUUUUUAGCUUUUAUUUUGCUGGGAUGUAAUAAUAAUAAUAAUAAUAAUAAUAAUAAUGAUGUAAAAAAAAAUAAAUAAAUAAAUAAAAAUAAAAAAUAAUAACUUUAUUUCUAUAGCACUUUUAAAAAAACAGAUGUUUACAAGGUGCUGUUUUACAAGGUGUUUACAAAGUAGUCAUAGAGCACAUGGAAAAAGACUGAUAAAAACAAAAAGCUCAGUAAAAACGGAAUUGAAGGAACAUUUUUAUGUCAUAAGGAACCCAGACAAUAUGAGAACCAUGAAAUGUAAAAUGAGACCAUGAGGACCAAAAUAAAAAGAUAAAAUAGUUCAGAAAAAAGAAAAUGUCAGAAAAAGGGGGGUCGAGAGCGGAAACAGGAUAGUAAAUAUAAAAGGCAAUAUCAACGAUGAUAAUAAAAUAAUUACAGGUAAUCCUGAUAAUAAUAGUAAAAAUAAAAUAGAGCAACAGAAAUAAGCAAGAGAUAAAACAAUAAAAAGCUUAAAAGGUUAAUUAAGGAAAGAGUACAAGUAUAACAAAAGCUAAAAAGAGAGUAAAGCAGAAAUAAGAUAAAAGAGGUAAAAGAUAAAAGAAAAAAUACAAAAGACAUCAUCACAUAAAAUUAAGUCUGUAAAAGUGAGUUUUUAAAUUUGACUUAAAAGAAGUGACUGUCUCUGCUUUACGCGUUAUCUCAUCUGGCAGGUCGUUCCAAAGUCAAGAGCUCUGAUGGAGAAAGAUCAAUUACCUUUAGUAUUGAGCCUCGACAUUGAAACGACCAAGAGGCCUUCACCAGAGGAUCUGAGGCUGUGAGUUGGCUCAUAAGGUAUAAAAGCUCUUAAAUGUAGCUCGCAGCGAGUCCUUUGAGUGCUUUAGAAGUAAUCAAUAAUAUCUUAAAAUCAAUUCUAAAACUGACAGGAAGUCAGUGAAGGGAGGCUAAAAUUGGAGUGAUGUGAUGCCGUCGACUAAAACCAGUUAAAAGUCGAGCUGCUGCAUUCUGAACUAGUUAUUGUGGAAACAGAUGAACACAGAACACGUGUUUUAGUCGACAUCAUCCUUCUUGUACCUGAAAUAAUUCCAGAUAACAGACAUUGCUUUUCUUUUUACCAGCAAGUCUUCAUCUUUGGUGUUUUUCUCUUGUUUGUUUCUCAUUUUUCAAUCAUUGAUGUUGUUACUGGUGUUGUGCUGAGAAUUGCAUCCACCUUGCAGAAAUGCGCACCGCUUAUAGUAGAGUGGUCCACAUAAAUGUACAAUUUAAACCCAUACAGUUCUUAUUUGUGGGGCUAAACAGUGAUGAGGAAUGUUCCCAAAGGAAUUCUCAGAGUUUCUCGAGUCAACACCGGCAGCGCCAGUGACUCACUCCAUGUACAGGGGCGUAGUUUCCUCCUCUCUGAUUUUGAUUGACCGCUGGUAGGGUACUCUGAUUGGUAACUGAGUAAAGAAUGAAUGUGAUUGGUGGAUUGCUGCACACCACAUGCAGAGUCACAUGCAGUGUAUGUCAGUCAGCUACCCUUGAAUUAGAUGAGUUCAUCCGUCUCCGACAUCGCAGGCUCUGACAUGUGACUAUCGUGCACACAUACAUUGCCAUGACGACGUUCUAAUGAUGUAUCGUGCCCUACUGUGUGACCCUCCUGCAGAGCCUUCAGAACUCAGAGUCCUGAACCUGCAGAUCUCUCUGCAGUACUCUGUCUGAACACUAGUUGGCAGUCUGCUCCAGUCCCCUCCUGACCUGAAGUCGGAGAAGAUGAUCCCAGUGGACCAAUCACAGGGCUGGCUGUGGCUUCAGUAUGUGGGUCAUCUGUGGAGGUUCAGAGUCACAGCAGAUCCUCAGACAGUCAGGGAUCUGGACCUUCAGGCUCAGAUGUGGACAACAGAGACCCUCUGAGCAGAGCCCUCUUUAAUGAGUGUUUGUGUGGUUUCUGAUGCCCAUACAGGACAUCAAAGGAACUGCAGUUUAAGCAUCACCACCGUUUCUCAGGACAGAUAAACUCGACCAAUCACAGUCCUUCAUGAAGAAAAGGGGUGGGCUCUGGUUGACUCCAGUUUCAGCUGGUUUUGUCCCUGUUACUGUGUGUCUGAAUCCGUUUGUCUUUAUUGACUCUUUAGUUCUGGUCUGGUUCUACCUGUCUCUCAGACUCCCUAUUCACUUUAGCAGGUCCUGAGAAAUCCUGGACCGGGUCAGUCUACCUGAGAACCUGGUUCAGUUUUUCCUGAAUUCAGUUUAAACAAAUAAACCUGCAGGAAAAAAACGAGAAGCCCAAAAAUAACUGUUUAAACAUUUUAACUUUGUUCUUUAAAACUUUUUAACUUUAUGGUUUUGAAACAUUUUAACUUUCUAUUCUUUAACUUAAUAAUUUUGAUUUUAUUUUUAACUUUAUGGUUUUUUUUUAUUUUUAACUUUAUGUUUUUUGAAUUUAUAACUUUAUGUUUUUUUUAUUUUAAACCUUAUGGUUUUUUGAUUUUUACCUUUAUAUUUUUGAACCUUUUAACUUACUAUGGUUACUAUGUUUUUUUAUAAACUGUUCAAGUCAUCCUGCAAACACUGCUGAGCUGAUAUUCCUGCAAAUACUGAAGCAUAUGUCACCUUUGUGUAGUGUUUGACACACACACACACACACACACACACACACACACACACACACACACACACACACACACACACACACACACACUCCCUGUGGAUCAGUUUCACAUGAACUUUCUCUGAACCAUAAAAAGCCUACUGUAUGUGGAUCUGAACAGUCCUGAAACUCUCUGCGUGCUGAUUGGCUGCUGCUAUCAGGUGUUGGUGUAAACACACUCACACAGAUACACACACCUGAACACACAACUGAACAGGUUACCUGAGUUUACCUGAAACGGCAUCCUCAUAAAUGCUCUGCAGGUCAAUAUGAACAUUGGACAGAACAAAUAAGGACCAAUAAAACAGCAGAUCAGCGCUGGCUCUGAUUGGCUGACAGACUUUCCUCUUAUGUCCCACCUUAAAACGGUAAGAGGACUGAGGAGUGACCGGCUUUGGACUCCAGUCCUGGUUUUUGGAGUGCAGGUCCUCCUCCUGACCAGUGGCAGCUGGUAAGAAAAAUAAUAGGUGGGGCUGAAGGUUUGGAAAACAGAGCCCUGUAGGGGCAUCCGGGGUAUCCUCCCCCGGGAGAUUUUUUUUUUUGUUUUCAAAAGGUAAAUGAAGCAUUCUGGUGCUUUCUAAGAAAAUAAUUAAAGAAACAUACAGUGUUGACCCACAAAGACAAAUGGGGUGGGGAUACUGUACUUCAACUUAUUAAUGGGGCAUUAUAGCCGAAACACAGCCUACCUACAUUCAAUGUAAUCCUAUGAUAUAGAAACUGACUGCAGCAUACUCUUACUCGUGUACAUCCACCUGCAUCUCAACAGGUUAGGCUACAGCAAAGAAGCACACAAAGACAACUGCAGAAAAAUAGUGAAAAGCAGACUCACAUUUAUAACAAAUCAGGCUGCAUACCAAAGUGAUCAGCCAAGGAAAACAACACAAACAUUUGCUUUAAAUACAGAACAGCUUUAUUACAUUUGAUAUUUCAGUUGAACUGAAUUGAAACUGGGUGAACAAAUACAGGGUUCCCACUCUUUUAUAGAAAUCAUUUUCCAGGUCUUUUCCAGGAUGUUUUCAUCCCGCCUUAAAACUUAUUUAUUUCUACCAUUGUGGCAUGAACAUUGUCUGUUAGCUUUCUUUUUAGUCUGGCUUUUAUGUAGUGUCUCACUAUGAUAAAUUUAUGGUUUAUAUUAGGUUUUAAUCUUGAUAUCCUCUACUUUUCUACAUACAGAUUUUGCUGAUUGACUGUUUCAGUAGCCGAAAUUAUAUUUUGCCAGCUUUAUGAUUUCUUUUUGUCACCAUUAAUUUACACGGGAAACACAAAAGGGCCUUACUCUUCGGACUUACAGUUAGCCAUGCUUUGCGCCUAUACCCUACUCUUGAAAAUGUCCACGUAUAUUGUCUGCUCUUCUCGGUGGUCACUUGCUGAGCGGCAACAUCUGGUCAAUCCGGACCACGGUCUUCCAGCUCUAGUUAUUCCUGCAGAGUUCUCCUCCCAAACGCGACCUACUUAAUGGAAAGCGCAGCGUUCUCCAGUAAAUCACGCGGUAGGGGGUUUGCCGUAGUUAUUCCCACGUCCUCUGUCAUUAGCAGCCAAGUGUAGAGCGAGGGGCGGACCGGCUCUGAGUAGAGCAGCUAGCUACGUCAGACGCACAUUGUAGCUAUGCGUCUGUUUGUGGCCAAUCUGGUAAUGAACGUGCUUACGUCAUUCAAAUUAGGGACGCUGAGGCGCUCGUCCCUGGCGCCCCUUAAGGAUUUUUUUUAUGUGGCUAGGAUAAGCUAACUUUUUAAUGCAGAACUGUGAUCUGAGCUUGUGUGAGGGAGCAGAAAGCUUGGGCGCUGGCCCGUAGCGCCCCUAACACUAAUGCACAACUGUGAUCUGAGCAUGCGUGAGACAACAGACGUUCCGAGUCUGCCCCGGCGCUGGGUGGAGAGAUCGCUAACGGACUGAAAUACACAUUUAAUGGAAUGAUUAAUAUAAUAGCGCCAUUUCCUUACUUUGAGAAUAAUUUUCAGGGUGACAGCAGACAUCUCUUUUUGCUCAUGCAACUCAGGUGGGGCUCUGCCCGCAGUGCCCUUAUAUACAGGCCGCCACUGCUCCUGACUCUCCUGCGUUCGUCUCAAAGCUUCAAAAGUUUUUAGUUUCCUGAAAAUCUCUCAGAGUAAGACGUCUGUCAGGUUCUGCGCUCCUCUCUUUGUUUUUUUUGUUUUUUUGUGUUUCUGAAAAUCCCUCAGAGUGAUCCAUCUGUCAGGAUCCGCGCUCCUCUCUUUGUUUUUUGGCGUUUCCAGUUUCCUCCUCCUCCUCUUCAUUGCUCAGAUUGUAGAGAUUCCUGAGAUUCCAGCUGUGGGGAGUUUCUGCUCUCAAACCCUCACAGCUGCUCAGUCCUGAACAAACACUCAGAUCAGAUCCUGAUCCCAGGACUCUGAGGGAACCUGAAGGACAAAAACCCAGACCUGAACCCCCCAGACCCCCCUCAUGAAGGAAACUUUCAGGAACUCCGGGUUUCCUCAGAUAAUCGUUCACUCAUGAUCAGAAGAGGAAUUUUUCAGAGACACUGUGGUCGUGGUUUCAGGACUUCACCAUAAUAACUCAGUUACUGGUUGUACUGGCUUUACGAGUUAGUUUAGUUAUCCUAGGUUAUACUGGUUAGUAUGGUUUCACUGGUCAGGGUGGUCACUAUAAAUCUGGAUCAUAGCUGAUCCAUCAAAAUGCUCUCUCUCUCUCUCUCUCUCUUUUUCUCUCUCUCUCGCUGUCUCUCUCAGUUUCAAUGAGCUUUAUUGGCGUGUGUGUUAUAAUAAUAACAACAAUUGUGGUAAUAAUAAUAAUGGUAAUAAUAAUAAUAAUAAAGAUAAUCAUAAAAUAAUACCAAUUCUACUUCUACUACUACUAUUACUACUACUACUACUACUACUACUAAUGAUAAUAAUAAUAAUGAUAAUAAUAAUUAUAAUUUUUAUUUUUUAUUUUAAUUAAUUUUUUUAAUGAUUACCGUUCUUUUUUAUUAUAAUUAUGAUAAUUAUAAUAAUUUUUUAUCACAUAAUAAUAAUAAUAAUAAUAAUAAUAAUUAUUAUUAUUAUUAUUAUUAUUAUUAUUAUUAUUAUUAUUAUUAUUAUUAUUAUUAUCAUAAAAAUAAGUGAAAUAAUAAUAAUAAUAAUGUUGUAAUAAUAGUGAAUAAAUAGUGUUAUCAUGUUUGACCCCCUGCUGUGUUUUUGCCCACCCCCAGUACUCAGACCUGGAGCUGGCCAUCAACUCAUUGGUCACUGAGUUCCAUAAAGCCGCAGAUGAUGGACCAACCAUGAACACCACCCAGUUCCAGACCCUGCUGUCUAAUCAGCUGCCGACAUUUGCCAAGGUACUGUUCACUCUGACAUCACAGGGUCUCAUCCAAUCACAUCACAGCUCCAUGUUUGGUUCUUUUUAGACAAAUGUUGGACUCAGGGGUCUAGACUGGGUUCUGUUUGUAGUCUGAGGUUCAGAAACUGAGACCCAGAACCACAGUCAGGUCCUCUGGGGCCGCAGUGAGACUCUUAAUGCUGAUUGGACGGUGAAGUCUGAGCUGGAGGCGUUUUAUUGGAGAGUAAACUGAGAGUCUGUCCUCGACCAAUCACAGCGCAGAUCACCUCUGUAGAUGUAGUCUUUUAGUCUUAGUUUGGACCCGUCCCUUAUGUUUGACUCUAUUAACCCGGCCCACAUGCUGACUCUCUUCCUGUCCCUGUCUCUGUCUGUCCACAGACGGUGGAGGGGGACGAGGGUCUGGGUCAGGUCCUGCAGCAGAUGGGGGUGGAGAGCGGUCAGAAUAUCUCCUUUGACAACUUCUGGACUCUCAUCAACAAACAGGCUGUCCAGCUCUUCGGAUCCACACACAAGGAAAGGAACAUCAAGUGCAGCUGCCUGCUGCAGUGAGACCACCAGAGACCACCACAGACCGCCACAGACCACCUGAGACCACCACACUGUGCUGACCACAGGGGGCGCUGCAGUACAAGAGCCACGCAGGGAGUUAGUGAGAAAGAGAACACGUCAGCAAGUUUUUAAUAAAUGUCAGAGUCGAGUUUUAAAAUCAGUGACUGAAAAAAAUGAAAAAUAUUUCAUAUAAAUGAACCUGUUUAAAUCUGACGGAGGUGAGGAGGACCAAUGUGAGGACUGAAGAGAGAAAAUAUCACAGCUCAGAAAAAUCUGAGAAUAAAAGAGGAGAAAAAGAUCCAGAGAGACGUGAAGAUGUCUGAUCACCAAGGUCCGCGGGAAAAAAUCUGAUUAACGAGACAAAACAAAAAACCAGAGUGAAGUCAAAGUUUUAAAAAAUCGUCCAUAAAGUCACGUCUCACCUCUUUGUGGAUCUUAAAGGGAUAUUCUGGUGUAAAACUAAUUUAGGGUCAAACACACCAUAACACCAAGUUAGACACCCCCUCCAGAGAUGAAUUUUGCCGACCGCUUGCUUCUCUAGUUAUACCAACUUUAGUAACGAUAGCAGGAUAGCAAUACACAGCGGUCUGAGGAGCCAUAAACAAACCUUAACCAAAACGCCCCUCUAUAGCCACAAAUAAUGCUAAGAACAGCACUUAACUUCAUCAACAGUAUAUAUAGGGUCCCAGCCAUAGUACUAUAUUCAGAGUUGUUCUAACUCCUAAGAAAACAUAAACCUAAGCGGGGGCGUUUCUCCACUUCUGUAGUCUAUAAGCUGGGCCAAGAAACUUCCACUGUAGUAAAAUGAAAAGGUAAAGGUGUUUUUAUUGAGCCAAAUUAUCAAUAAAAUCAUGAUUUUGUUAACAGGUAUAAAUAUAUGUGCUGUCAAGUUAGUAUAUUUGAACAAGAGCACAGUGAAGUUAAAUCAGCAAAUUUUUCUAUUAGGUUCUGUUACUGAACAGAACAACACCAUGUUCUACUGAGGUUGGUACAUAUAGGGUCCCAGCCAUAGUUCUAGCCACCAAACAUCUUUUUAACUUUGAAUAAUUUCUUUAGCAAAGAGACAAAACACAACUCACCUACUCUCUUCCAGCAGCCGCUUGUUUGUAGCGAGACCUCAGGCCAGUCCAUUACGGACUACAGCGGGGUGACGCAGCUCAAAGAAGAACAUUUAUGAUUGUUUCUUCUUGGAAAUACAAUCAGACUGAGACGCUAAGGCAGAAGAACUACCACGUCUGCAAAAUGAUUAAUAUGGUGAUUGUUACUUUAAGGAAAUGAUAAAGAAAUGGUGUUAUGGUGUGUUUGACCGUAACUUAAUUUUACGUCGGAAUAUCCCUUUAAAUCCGUUUUUAUCAAAAUCUGGAUUUCUCUGUUCUCAAAGUUCCAUCUCUCUAAUUUCCCGCUCAGCGAGUCUUACCUGUGACCACAUGUGGGCGUGGCUCUGUAAUAGAGCUCCAACCUAUUAGAGCAGAGCAGUGUGUUUUUAACUCCUCCCCCCACCCAUAUUAAGACCUGCGAUUGGUCAGUCUACCUGAGGUCAGUAGGAUGUUGACGGACCGGUCUGAAGACCCCAGGUUCCUGGUCUGGUCCUCUGUCCACAAGCUUGAAGAGGUUCAGGUCCGAUUUAGAGUUAACAAAAUAAAACAUCAUUUUAUUUUGAAAAUCCAAACUUAGUUUAACCUCUGCAUGCUUUUAUUCUUACACCAUACAGAACCUUUAAUCAGUGUUUUUACUAAUGCAGCUCAUCCCGUAACCAUGAGGACACAUAAUCCCGUAACCAUGACAACACAUAAUCCCCUCACAUUAACAAAGUCUUUGUUGUUUGUAACUAACAUGUGACCUCCAUAUUUUUAUAAGUCAGCUCCAUAUUUAUGUUUUUGUUUCUCCAUGACAAUAAAACUUUUUUAAAACACGC